AUGGCCGACUUCCGCGCCUCGGGCGACGACGACGCCCUGCCUCUGCCGCCUCAGCAGCAGCAGCCACGGGACCCUUCCGAACAUCAGUCGCUGGAGGAUGCGCUCCCGCACCAGCAGCAUGGCGAGCGCGACGGUGCGUCUAUCGAAGAGGGCCCGAGCGCGAACCAGAGCGGCGACGGAGGUGAGGCCGCGACGCGAAGCACCGCUUCCCAGGAGCAGCCUCGACCAGCUGUCAAUCCGGCAACCGCCAAGCAGGUCAAUGAUGUGAUGGCUUCUGAGCUCGGUAUUCCGACCCUUCUGAACCGCCUCAAGCAAAGCAUCACCUCAGCAAAGGAAUUCGGCCUUUUCCUCAAGAAACGAUCUGUUCUCGAAGACGACCACGCCCAAGGCCUCAAGAAGCUAUGCCGUCAGACGCAGGAGAGCGCGCGUCGACCGGAGCACAGGCAGGGUUCAUUUGCGAAAUCUUAUGACGAGAUGGUCUUCAUUCACGAUCGAAUGGCCGAGAACGGUUCCAAUUUUGCGGCUUCCCUGCACCAAAUGCAUGAGGAUCUUGUCGAGCUGGCUGCCAACGCUGAGCGGGGUCGCAAGAGCUGGAAGGCCAACGGCAUGGCAGCAGAGCAGAAGGUUGCCGAUCUCGAACAGACCAUGCGCAAGAGCAAGGCCAAAUACGAUUCCCUUGCGGAGGAGUACGACCGCGCCAGGACGGGCGAGUCGCGACCGGGUGGCGGCAAGGUACUUGGCGCUUUCAAGGCGCACAAGUCGGCCGCGCAGCAAGAAGAGGAUCUUCUCAAAAAGGUUCAGGCAGCAGAUCAGACCUACCAAGGUCAUGUCAACAACCUUCAGACCGAGAAGUCGCAUCUCCAGUCAACGGUUCGCCCUGAAGCCGUCAAGGCCUUGCAGGAGCUCAUAACCGAGACGGACGCGGCGGUGGCGCUGCAAAUGCAGAAGUUCGCUGCUUUCAACGAGAAGUUGCUCCUGGGCAAUGGGUUGAUUGUCAGCCCCUUCAAGACCCCGACCGCCGAGAACGCGGGCCAGCCUCGAAGCUUGCGCCACGCCGUCGGUGCCAUUGACAACGUCAAGGAUUUCAAUGACUUCGUGGCGGCUCAGCAUUCCAAGGUGCUCCCGAACACUGAAGUCAAAUACGAGCGCAAUCCUCUUCUGAAGCCGCCGACUUCCUCCAUGCCCGUUCAGCCUCCAAUUCAGCCUCAGAUGAUGCAUCCACCGCAAACUGUCGGCCAGACUGCAACCUCGCAAGGAGGGUUCUCACCGGUGGGUUCCGCCGCAGGCCAGAGGAGCAGCACUGGCAACUUCGGGCCUCCAGGCGGCUUGAUGAAUCCUGGCGCCCCCGUAGACGGCCCUCAGGACGCGCAAAGAGGGUUCCAGCAGCCACAUUCAAGGAGCUACAGCCACGGCAAUAUGUUGACGCAGCCCAGCGUCUCGCAGCAACAGUUUUCGUCCAGGAACUCUGUGCAGCCGGCGCCACGAUACGGUAACGGUACGAUCGGGGGGUCUCAGGGGCCGCCACAGCUUGGCGCGUUGCCUUUCCAGGGCUCGCAGCCGCCGCCUCAGCAGCCUUCCCCUGACCAGUCCGGAUCUCCGUUUCAGACCCCGCAGAACAGACGGGGCAGUACGGGUGGUUUCGGCGGACAGGCGCCUCCAGCUUACGCUGCGGCCUCUCAAGCUCCUCCCACUCAAAAUGUCACCGCGACGAAGCCUGUGUUCGGUGUUCCUCUAAACCGGUUGUACGAGCGGGACGGACUGGCCGUACCGAUGGUUGUUUAUCAGUGCAUCCAGGCUGUCGACCUGUUCGGGCUCGGAGUUGAAGGCAUCUACCGUCAGUCCGGAUCCUUGAACCACAUCAACAAGCUCAAGGGCAUGUUCGACGCAGAUUCAUCCAACCCGGCUCUUGACUUCCGCAACCCCGAGAACUUCUACCAUGAUGUCAACAGCGUCACAGGGCUGCUGAAGCAAUUCCUUCGCGAUCUUCCUGACCCACUUCUGACUCUUGAGCAUCAUGAUGCCUUUAUCGCUGCAGCCAAGAAAGAAGACGACAUUGUCCGUCGCGACUCCCUGCAUGCCAUCAUCAACGCCCUCCCCGACCCCAACUACGCCACACUUCGAGCCAUGACGCUGCACCUCUACCGGGUCAUGGAUAACUCACACGUCAACCGCAUGAACUCGCACAAUCUGGCCGUGAUAUUCGGACCCACACUCAUGGGCUCCGAUCCCAGUACGGCCAUCGCCGACGCCGGCUGGCAGAUCAAGGUCAUCGACACGAUACUGCAGAACACGUAUCAGAUCUUCGACGACGACUAG